AUGGACAACUUCGCCCCGCUCGAGCCCGUCAAGCUUUACCAACCUACAUCCUCAUCAUCAUCGCGGCAUUGGUCUACGCCUUCAUCGAACUCGAACUACAAUGGAUUCUCCUCGGCAUCGACAUCUAAAUCCCGGACGUCCUUCCCCUAUCCCUCGUCCUCUUCCUUUCCCUCCAACACCAGCAACAGAAAUAGCACCACCCACCCAAAAGGCUUCGCGACCACCCCAAUCCCAAGUACAACAUCCCCGCUGAUAGGUCGCCUCCCGACACAUAUCCACACGCGCAUACUUACAUUUCUGCCUGUGCCGGAUGUACCUGCUUAUAGUCGGUGCUGUAAGGCGCUUGCUAGGGUUGUUAAGGAUGAGAGUAGAGCGGGAGCGUGGGUGGGAAGGUGGGAGGCGCUUGGUGUUGACGGCGAUAGUGAUUUUGAAGAGGAUGAAGAGGACGAAGAGGGAGAGGGAGAGGGGGAAGAGGGGAACUGGGAUGGGGAUAGUGAUGAGGAGAAUGGGAGGAAUGGGUAUCAGCAAAACGAUGGGAAUGGGAAGAAGGUUGGUGUAGGACACAAAAAAAAAGUGAGACGAGAAGAAAACAAACAGAAGCAAAACAAGCAGAAGAAGAAGAAGAAAGGAAAGCUACAUCUGGUCCUUGACAUCCUCGAGCAAAAGGCCGCGCACGAGGCUGCGCUUGCGCGUGCGGCACUUCCUCCUGUUAUACCCGUCGACGUUGCCGAUCCUUCUAUGAAUGGAGAUGGCGACGCGGAUGGGGACGGUGAGUUUGGGGAGUUCGCUUCAGGGGGUGUUGGUGUUGGUGGAGAUCUGUUUGGAGGGGGUAUGGGGAUGGCGAUGGGGAAAGAUGAUGAGAUGGGGGAUUUUGUCGGUGCGAGUUCGAGUUCGACGGGGACUGGUUCGGGGAUGAAGGGAUUUGGAUUUGGAACGCCUAUUUCACCGCGCUUUCCUGCUUCGUUCUCGUCGUUCGGGUUCGGAGGUGCGUUCGGGAGUCCGCCGCCGCCGUCUGCUUCGAUGCACAAUGCGAAUAAAUCCAAAUUCAGCGCCAACGACAAGGAAAAAGAGCAGGAGCAGGAGAAAUACCGAACCAAGUACAUUCGUGCACACACCCUGCUGAAGCCGCUUGUGAGUGUGCUUGCGUCUGCGGCGCCGCAUACGGUGUUGUCGGAAUUGGCGGCGUAUAUGAGGGAGGCGGUGGAGGGGUCUGAGAUGGAGUUGCUUGAUUACGAGGGGGAGGGGGAGGUGUCGAUGGCGACGUCUGCGUCUGCGUCUACAACGACGACUAAAACACUCACAUCUCCAACAACUCCAUCUACAAACGCGACUACACCUCCAUCCACUCAUAAACCUCCCACCUCCCCAUCGUCACCCACACACAUCUCCCCCCUAUACAUCGACGCACUCACCCUGAAACUUCUCUCCAACUUCCUUUCUCCCGCCGUACAACCUCUCCGCGCCAGCGCCUCCCUGCUGCUCACGCUCAAAGCCGCGAUGGACCGAUUCGACUCGGCGCUAUUGGCUAGGUUUGAUGUGGCGGAUGGGAAGGGGGAUGAAGGCGGGAUGAGGGAGGCUGCGGCUGCUAGUUGGGUCAUACGCGAUCGCGAAGGGAAUGGGAAUGGGAAUGGGAAAGGAGGGGAAGGGGAGGAUUGGGAGAUGGGAAAGGUGUGGGCGGAGAAGAGGGAGAUUUUUUAUCAGCAGGGCAAGUGGAGGCCUUUGGAUAAUUUUACCUCGGACAAAGAACUAGAUUUCGCAGCGAUGGACGCGUUCAUGGACGACAUUCUCGCUGCUAUCCGCGAACAUGGCGCGCGGGCUGUACGCGUGUUCCCGCCCCGCUCGAGAGUGAUUUUGUUGUUCUCGGAGAGGUUGGCUAAUGAGGUGAUAUCCGAAUAUAUCCAAACCCUCCUUACACACGCGCGCGAGAUCUCAACGUCGAUAUACCUCCGCUCAACAGCCGCGUCGUUUAGAGUUGCUUGGAGGAUGGUGGAUGCGGUUAUGGAUGUUGUGCGGGAGGUGUAUGGGGGUGGGAGUGGGAGUGGGAGUGGGAGCUUUGGGGGAGACGGGAAGGGGAAGGGGGGUGGGAAGGGGAGGGAGAGGAGGGGUACAGUUGGGAAGGGGAGUAGGAUAAGGAGGGGGAGGGGGAAGGAAGUUGUGGGUAGGAUUAGAGCUGAGGAUGUUAUAUAUCAGAUGUUCGAGACGAAUAUGGACGAGUACCUCGAUGAGGAGGUGGAAGCUGUUAAAGGCGCGCUGGAUGCCAUAUGUAAGGGGUGGGACCAAGAGGCGUCAUACAACCCGAACAUCUUCUCCAGCGCCUCCUCUUCUUCCCAACCCUCCCAGCCAACCCCCUCCUCCCCCUCCCACCUGCAAACCGAACUGCAUCAAAACCCCGCAACACUAAAACGCAACGUCCUUGCUUCAUUCACCUCGCUUCUCCUCCUGCCCGUAACGAUCGUCCCGCGGACCGUCACCGCCGUCGGCGGGGCCGUAGGCGCUGUGGGCGGGGCUGUUGGAGGAGCUGUGGGUGUUGUAGGUGGUAAGGCUGUGCAGGGCAUAGCGAUGCUGAAUCCGCAGCGGUGGGGUGGGAGUGGGAGUGGAGGGGGAGGGUAUACGGGGGGUGUGAGUACGACUGGGUGGGGGGCUGGGCGGACGACGUCGGCGGGGGCGGGCACUGGGGCAGGUGGAGAUUGGAGUGCAGGUGGGAAUGGGAGUGCGAGUGGGGGGUACACGAAGACGGCUGAUUUGAAUGGAUCUGCGUUGUUUGAGGUUCAGGAUGAUGAUGAGGAGGAGGAUGUGGAUUUAGGCGCUGGUGGGAUUGUUAAUGGGCGUGGGAAUGGGAAUGGAAAUCGGGGUGCAGGUGUGGGUACAGGAUUUGGAGAGGAUGUAUCACCUUGGGGUGAUGCCAGUGCAGGCGGGUCGAGAUCGUUGACCGUGUCGCAGCUCGAGCUGGCGGCGCCAUCGUCAUCGGUGUCACCUGCACCUCCCGCUCUGACCGAGACAGCACAAUCCGCAUCCGCAUCGUCCGGUGUCCACCACCACACGCCAUCAAAUUCUCAAUCAAACUCUUCCCAACCCUCCUCCUCCAACCAGAACCCCGCCAACCAAAACACCAACCUCUCCUCGAACUCGACUACCCACCAACUCGACCUCCUCCUCUCCCUCGACACCGCGCUCUCCCUCAUCCACGCUGACCGCGAGUCCCUCAAGCGCGUCGAGACGUUCUCUGGAUACCCGGGCCACUACGGGCAUCGCGUGCGGGAUACGAUGGAGGAGGUGUUUGUCCUGCUUUUGGGAGCUGUUGGGGAGGGGCAUGUUGUUAGGGGAUUUGAGCGAGCGACGGAACGGAUGAAAGCGUACAAGCCUGCGGAGCACGAGGCAACGACGAGCGUCGCACCGCUCGUGCAGUUUUUCGAGCUGGUGCAUAUUGGAGAUACGAUACAGAGUAUUGUGCAGGUGUAUUUUGACAAGGAGCUCGCGCAUCAUAUUGACAAAACGGACUUUUUGAACACGGUUGUGAGAGAGAAGAAGCGGUUUGAGAAUAUGCUGGAUGAUUCGGUCGCUGCGGGGCUUAAUGCUGGGACGGAGGUGCUCAUGAAUCAGGUCGAGCACAUAAUCCUCACACUCACCCGCCCACGCGAAUACUACCCUCCCGAAGACGCGCCUCUCGAGCUCGGUCCUACACGCGGCUGCACCGAAGCGAUCCGGUGCCUCGAGACGCACUGUAAGCUUUUGAAGGGGAGUACAAGUAAGGAGGUGCUGGAGGUGUUUUAUAUGGAGGUUGGGUUAAGGUUGAUUGGGAUCCUGCAGAAACAUAUCAAGAGGCAGAUAAUCUCGCUCAGUGGUGGGUUCCAGGUUAUCGCGGAUUUGAACGCGUAUGGCGCGUUUAUCGCGUCGCUCAAGAUCCCGGCGCUCACGGCCGACUUUUCGCACCUCAAGAUGCUCGGACACGUCUACGUCGUCGAGGACGCCAAGGAUCUAGCGCAGAUCGUGAAGGAUGUGGCGCGGUAUGGUGGGGCGUAUCGGCCAGAGGACGUGUACGAGUUCAUCCAACGCCGUUCGGACUGGAAGAAGAUUGAGAAGACGGUAGAUAAGACGAUGUAUAAUCUUAGCUUCAAGGAGGACUGUACGAUCUGUUAA